CCGGAAGCAGGAAGCAGUGUGAGUUCCAGGAUCCUGGGACUUACCUUGCUUGGGGGAGAGGGCACCACUAGAGGCAGGUGGGGCACUGGAAGCAGCCUUGCUAGGGAGAGAGAAGGUAGCUGAGAUGGGACGGUCUGCUGAUGAGCUGGGGCGGGAGCUGGAGGCCACUGCAGAGGAAGUACUGGGGAGGCUGAAGAGCCGCCAGCUGUUCCAGUCUGAGUGGGACGUCGCCGCCUUUGUGGUCUUUCUCAUAUUUGUGGGCACUGUGGUGUUGUUGCUGUUACUGGUUGUCGUUCACUGCUGCUGCUGCUGUUGCUGCAGCCCCUCCCCCAGGCCCCGGAAGGAAAAGCCCAAGGGUGUGGAUAACUUGGCUCUGGAACCUUAAUGCCAGACUUUGGCAUGGGUCCUGCUGGAAGACAGUAACAAAGCCAAUGUUUGCCAAAGCCUGAGUCUGGACUGUGUUCUAAGCCCUGCCACGGAUCGUGUGGUGGUUAUGAUGCACA